AUGACGACACGUCUACAUUCGUUCAAGAUGAGACCAAGUCUGAUGCUUCUGCUUCUCGUCUUUGUUCUUCAGCUAGCAGUCUGUAUCACAGGCAAGCGACGGAUGGUCGAUGUCGGUGGUGUAGGUGAGGGUCAAAUUGUACUCUACCCGCCUCCCUUCUUCAUGGUCGACGGCCUCGACUUUCAAGGCACGGCGCUUGCCUAUUUACAAGAACAAGGUGUCAACACGAGCAUCGAAGCCCAAACUUGGAUGCAGCAGCAUGGCUACAAGACACUUCGUGCCAUGUUGGACGAUGAAUCAUUGUAUACUGUGAUAAAUGAGGCCAUGUUUGAAUGCGGCCUCACGGAACCUGAAACGGAGACGAUGGCCAUUCCGACGAAUAAUACGUUCGUGACGUCGGGUUAUCCGCUGGACGGACCGUGCGAGAUCUGGCUGAACGAAACCAGAAUGGUCUCAGGCCGCAAUUGUCAUACAGAGUUCCCACGUGGUGAGCAUCAGGUCGAUUACAGCAUAUGUGGAGAUUUGUGCACAAUUUAUUGGUACUGGCUCGGCAUCAAGUACAUUGAGGGCAUUUACUCGUGGCAGGUCUACAAGAACUGCAUCAGACUUGGCACGACACCGACGGCGUAA